UGAGAAUUUAACUUGCCUAUCGGAUGAACCAAUAUGCUGUCAUGGGACCUUCAAGUUCGCGCACUCAAUAUCGCUUAACCGGACAAGAAGCGAAAAGAAUAGUUCAAUCGACAAAUGGACUCUGUCUUCGAAGCUUCGAACCUAUAAAAAUUCAACAGCCUGAGGGAGGGCAAAUAGACCUACAACACAUCUCCCAUGGGUCUACUUGUACCCCUCAUCUGCACACAGGUCCCCGCCUUGGCCCUACAGCUUGGCAUAACUUUGGACUUGCGGGCUCCAUGGAAUUUUGUGACUUGUAUCGCGGUCGUCCUCGUCUGCUUGACUUGCAUUCAGCAUGCUAAGACUGACAUGAUUGUUCUCGAUUACUCCAUCGGCAUGGCAAUUUCUGGCAUUGCUAUGGAUGCUAUAUACAUGAAUUUGCUGGUCCGACCCCUUGAUACCUUCCGCCAUCAGAAGCAAAAACAGUCAGCGCGUGAACUCCCUUGGUUCAAAAGGUUCAUCUGGGCUGCACAAUUGUGUGGUUCACCUAGAGGAGUGGGCUGGGAUCAUCAAACGAAAAACUUGCCUGAGCACUCUGCAAAAACAAGACGAGAAUUUGUCCUUUCGCGUCUUACGAGUGCAGCUAAGCACUUCAUGUGGUUCGAUUUGGCACAAUUCUACAUAAUGCACAAUCCGGCGUAUAAGUCCGGCGUAGCAUUUGCAUCUCAGAGUUUCGCCCGUCGCAUUCUGGCCUGCAGUGCAUAUUUGGUGCUUCAUCAAUGCAUGGGCGUUAUUAUCCACUCAUCUAUGGCAAUUCUUGCUGUGAGCUGUACGUCGUCUGAGCCGAGCUCCUGGCCUACUUUAUGUGGGAAAUGGGAGGAUGCGUAUACUAUCAGACGAUUCUGGGGUCGAACUUGGCACCAAUUUCUUCGACGCUUCCUGGUCCCCUUUGGCCAGAAAAUGGCAUUAUUUCUCGGCUUCAAACCCGGAACUAAUGGAUCAUCCUACACUCAACUUUACACCGCGUUUUUCUUCUCCGGCAUUGCUCACGUAGGAGGUGAUGCAGUGCUCAACCCCUCUCGCCUUGGCAUUUCGUUCCCUUUCUUUAUGUAUCAGGCCUUCGCCAUCACGUUUGAGGAUAUGAUUAUAGCCGUUGCUCGUCGUGCAGGAGUGACGGAGACAAAGUGGACGCGUAGGAUAGGAUAUGUGUGGGUAAUGUGUUGGUUUAUUCUCACCGCGACACCAUGGUUCACUGCUAUCGGCGUUGCUGGGGUAGAAAGUGGCGGGGUAGUGCUGUCCUCCAAGGUUUUCCCACCUUCGUUAUGCAACAUUCUUGUCAGAUCUUUAGUUGACUCGGAGUUCUUGUAAGCUUAGGCUUGCCCACUCACGUUUGGUGCGCAUUGUGAAUGCUGAUACUGGUGAUAUUGAUACCUCUAACUCGAUUUUAUAUUCUUGCACGUAUACCAAGCAGUGACCUUUGUUGCUUUUACAGUUAUGUCAUUCCACUACCAAAGGCGAUUUCUGUACACUAUCAUUCUCUCCAUUUAAUUUCCUGGAAAUAAGCACGGAGUAUCUUGACGACUUUUGACAGGGGAUAAUGCAGUAUAACGUUGACCAUGACCAAAAAGAUCAGCUCUGAAAUCGAGAAACUGUUGUUUCAAUCACCGGUGACCGUUUAACUGGAAUGGUGCUUGAG